AUGAUGAUGUCAUUCUCUACUGAUCCAAUAUCUUUACUUGUGUUGUUUUUGAUAAUAAUAUUGGUAUGGAUAACAGUCAAGCACUACCGGGCACCUUGCAAGAACUUCCCCCCAGGACCAUGGGGUUUACCAAUAAUCGGUAGUUUUAUUUACUUUGGAAAACAUGCUCCGUACAAAGAUAUGAUGCGAUUAUCAAAGCAAUAUGGUGAUGUUUACAGCUUAAAGAUGGGUUCUCGUAUUGUUGUCGUUGUAAGUGGUACAGAUGCAAUAAAAGAAUGUCUGGUGCAGAAAGGAAAUGAUUUUGCCGACAGACCGUAUUUAUGGGUUAUUGAUCAAAUGAACCCUAAAUAUGACGGUAUUGUGCAUGGCCACUUCGAUGAUAAAUGGCAGCGUCGUCGACAAUUUGCCCACACAACGCUUAGAGGCUUUGGAUUUGGUAAAACAGAGAUGGAGAGUAAAGUAGCUGAAGAGAUCUUGUUUUUGCUGGAUGAAUUUAGAAAUAUUCAAGGAAAACCUGUCAAUACAGACUCUGUAAUCAACAGAAGUGUAUCCAACGUAAUUUGUUCAGUAGCCUUUGGUAAGCGGUUUGACUACUCUGACCCUAUACUUGGUUUCAUGAUUGAUAUUAUGGGUAAAUGGUUCGAGUCAUCUCGCAAGAUGUUGGAACUCGAUGUUUUGCCAUUUUUGAGACCAUUCAACAAGCAACUCAUUGAUAACUUCUCUACAUUUGCUAAUGAGGUGAAGAAAUUCUGCAUGCAGCAGAUAGAUGAGCACCGUGAGGCAUUCGACGAAAACAAUAUUGGGGAUUUCAUCGAUGCAUACUUGGCUGAGGCAACCAAAGAACACAGCAAAGAAGAUUUCACUGACAAUCACCUAGCACAAACGUUAGUUGAUCUGUUUUCUGCUGGCACGGAAACUACGGCAACAACGCUUAGAUGGGGGUUAUUAUUUAUGGUUUUGCACCCAAAAAUACAACAAUUAGUUUUCAAUGAGAUAGAUCAGGUUGUUGGGCCAAACCGUCUUCCUAGGCUUGCGGAUCGCACAUACUUGCCUUACACAGAAGCCACACUUUGUGAGAUACAGAGACUGGGUAGUAUUACACCAAUAAUAUUACCACAUGCUGCAUUGGUAGAUUCUACACUUGGUGGUUAUGAUAUUCCAAAAGGAACAGAGAUUUCGAUAAUACUAUGGUCUAUGCACCUGGAUCCACAUGCAUGGCCCAAUCCCGACGAGUUUGAUCCCAACAGAUUCUAUGAUCAGAAGACGAAUGCACUCAAGAAAAAUGAGAAUUUCAUGCCAUUUUCUGCAGGUCGGCGUGUCUGUAUGGGUGAACAGUUGGCGAAACAUGAAUUAUUUCUAUACUUCUCAGCCAUGAUAAACCAAUUCAAGUUCAGUUUACCAGUCGGAACCAAGAAACCUAGCACUGAUGGUGUUUUCGGCUUAACAUUAGUUCCCCGUCCAUAUCAAGUUGUCAUCGAAGAAAGAAAUAUCUGA